GAAACCUUAUCGCCUGCAAACUACUCUCUCCCUCCGUCUCUCAGUCUCUCUGUAAUUGAAUAUUAGCAAUGGCGAAAACGAAGAAGCGGUUGAUGUCGUCGGCGCCAUGGAGGGGCGAAGAGGAGGCUGCCGAGGAGUUUCGGGACGCGAAGCUCAAAGUCACGAAGCAGCCUGGAGCCGAACCUGUAAUGCACGUCCCUCGCAAAACCAAGGACAAGUCCAAGCGCCACGGUCACCAAGAUGACGACGAUGAUGAUUCCCUCGAGAUUGACCCCCAGCUCCGCUACAGCUUUCAGCGCAACUACCAGUUUCUUCAACGGGUAUUCAGCACUGACACCCUUGUGAAACCUCUUCCACCUGCCAUGGCCUACAAUGUUUCCCGCAACUUGAACUUCUUCACACGCAUUUUCACUCAAUUCUUUGGUAAGUUCAUUCCUUGUGCUUUUUUGGUGGUGGAGAAGAUGGAAAUGAUACAAAUUGUGUAGUACAAUCCAACAAUUUGAACCUUUUAGUUCUAAGGAUUUCUAUUUGUAGCUCUCCUUUUCAGUGACUACAGUUUAGGACUUUUGUUCCCCCCUCCACACACACACACAUAUCUUUUUCUUUCACUGAAGCUGGAGUAGGGGUAUUUCUGCAGCAUAAUAAGUAUGCUUGUGGAGCUUCUGAACCUUUUUUAAUGCAUUUGGGCCAUCGGAUCUAUACUUUCACUAGAACUAAUAUUUUCAAGGGCUCGACUCCUACAUGUUUUCCGAAGAUAAAAAUUAUAUAAAUUUAGGGAGACGGUUAUGCGUCUCUAUCUCUGAAAUAAACACAUUGUAAACAAAUUAGUAAUAAGAAUUAGAAGUCUUAGAUUGAAAGAGAUUCUCAAUGUCCAAUAAAGGUACUUUCUCCUAUCCCUCUCCCUUGUAUUGCUUAGAAAAAUUAAAAGGGUACUUUAUCUCACCAAACUUUUAAGCUCAGAUUGGUUGAAAUUACGCCUGAAGCUGAAUCUCGUUUUUGAUCCUUUCCAAGAAUUAAGCUAAUCUUGGUCUUAUGAUUGCACCCAAGUUCAUUGGAAGUUGAAGGAUUAGGUC